CAGUCUAGGGCUAUCCGUGCCCAGAUGGAGAUAGCGGAAUAUGGUCGCCAAUAUCUCGUUGACAAGUUGAGCAAAAGCUUUAACAACAUCUCUAUUCCACUGCUCACCUUUCUUGACGGGUUCGGCUUGUUUCGGAGCAUGUACUGUACGAUUAUGGGUUUCUAUCUCUUAUUGGCACCUCCCCGCAGCUCAGGCCGUAAUUAG